GAAAUAAAUGAAUGACGAGCGCCCACUUUAUUAGCGUCAAACGUAACAGCAAGUGUUUGAGAAAAUGGUAAUUGUUGUGCUCACUUUAGGCUCACCUAGAAAGAGUGCGAUAUACCAAAUCUGCUAUAAAAAAAACGUAAAAAAAUUUUAUAAAAAUUACAAUAAACAAGAAUGUGCUAAUUGGCAGUUUUCAAGCCGUUCACGAUUUCUGCGCAAAAUAAUCAAUUUGUAAAAGUGUAAACGCCAAAAGAAAGUAAAACACACAGUGCGGCGUUUCCCCAAAGUGCUCCAAAGUGACAAUUGAUUGGCCAUUGUGUGGAUGGCAUAUGGCAUAGAAAAGUGAGCACAACAAUAAGUAUUGGGUCUCGCAUACAAUAGCUCAAAUAGGCGGCUUAAGCGCGCACGUAGCACGUAGUGAAAUUGUUCGAAAAGUGGGCAACAUUUUGACAUACUCACCCACAAUCGCCGGGCGCGCCUUUGUGUCUUGUUUGUUUACAUUUUUUAGUGAUUUGUUUUUUUCAUAAAAUCUGUUUAAGCUGCUGAUUUCUAAGGGUCUUUAUUCAUAUAUUUUAGUGCAAGGGUGUACAAUGGAAUUAGUUGUUAAACAAAUGAAGAAAAUAUUUGUAAUUGAAUAGAGUGUUUUCGAAUAGUUAUGCCAUUAUGGGUAAAAAAUUAUCUUAAACGGUGUCAAAUAACACUUUGUUCGGCCAACAUAGGUACAAAUGUACGUGUAUGUAUAGUGCCAAACAAAAGACUUAAGCAACGAACCCCAAGUCGAAUGAACGAAACAAAAGAUCAAAAGAUUUUAAUGCUUAUGUUCUUUUAGAUAGCUGCAAGUUCCAAUCUAAAUGACGCAGGAGACAUGAAUGAAAUGUAUAAAGAAUAAGACUCUCAAAGGACAUUAUGACUGGAAGACCAAUAUCACAGUCACAGAACUCUUAAAAUCACUCAUUGAUGGAAACAACCUUAAAUAUACUUCAGUGACUAGUGCAACAAGUUCAGCCGGAUACUUGAGAAAAAAGUGACUUCGAUAAUGGAAGAAUUACGAAGAAGUAGAAAGUAGUUAAAUGUUACAGUUAAACCAGCAUUAAAUGUUGUGAAAGAAGAAGUUCUAAAAACCAUAACUAAAACAAAAAGUGAAUAUAAUUGAAUAAACAAUAACAGUAACAACAAAUGCAACAAAGCCACAACCAACUACAGAAGUGGACGCAUCCACAACAACAACAGCAGAAGAAACUGCUAAACGAUUACCACCAAGAAGGUUUGUUAGCAAGCACAAUGGUGAGAACCACCGAUUUGAAAGCAGAAACUAAAGCAACAACAACAAACGACAACACAUACCAUAGAUCAAUCAUAUUGCCAAAUUGGUUGAAACAACCACAAGGCAGCAACAACAUGGCCAACAGCCACAACAGCAAACAUAGUCACACAGCCGCUGCGGACGAGAUCAACCACAAGCACUGCGUGCGAAAUCGGCACAGUAGGGCAACGCCAGCAAAUAACUCAUCUUUCCAAAGACCAUCUUCAGCAGCAUCAGUCACGCCACAGAAUUCGUCGCGUAUGCGAACGAUGUGUCUGCUGCAAGGCUACCACUUGUCCGACAGACUUCGUCCAUUUGUGCUGCUCGUCGUCAUCCUGUUAUCGGUGACAUGUGUGACGCCAACCAAAGUGGUGGACAUGUAUGAGAGUACGACACCAAUGCAAUCCACUACGUAUGGCAAUCACACACUGCAUGCGGCCAGCGACGAGGUUAGCAGCGCGCCAGCAGCAAUUAACACAAGCAAUUGGCAAGAACUGGAUGCAACAGCCAGCCACGGCUAUAGCUGGAGCAAUCAAAGCCAAAUCAAUGUUGACAGUGACGGUAGUGACAAUGCUGGCCGUAAUACUAAUGGCGGCGACUCGAUUUUCAUGCGUUUCGCAAGGCGUUUCUCCACUGGCAAUGAAUUGUGGGAUGACAUUAUACGUGAUUGCUACCAACAACCAACCGUUAGUUGUUUCCAGAAGAACGUCUUCUCCUACUUGAAUGGUGCGCUCGACGCACACGAUGUAAAUGUGACGCAUCGUUUGAAAUUCUACCGCAAUCAAGUGGACUAUACGGAUAUGCAACAUGAGCCAACGGAAGCCGCUGCCGCAAGGAAUAGCAUGGAUGGUUCUUCGGACGAGCAGAAUUCAAUCAAAAUGCCACUAGCCGACGAGGAGCAAGUGCUCACCAACGAGAUACCCCAUGAAGAAGGACGCGGCACGAAAGACAGCGACAACCCUGAAACGCCAAUUGAGGAAGUAACCAACGCGCUCUAUGGCAAAAGCGUAAAAUUCGCCAUAACACACGAUUUGGAAAUUAAAUUACCAGAAAUGAUGUUCGACGGCGCCACAUUUCGUAUUUCUCCACGUUCAUUCGAGGGCAAUGGUAUAAUUGCAAAACUGGAAAUGAUACCGAAACAAGAAGUGGAAGCCCGUUUGGCUGGCAAAGUAAUCAUGAAGAAGAUACAGAAAUUCUUACGCAGCAAGUUAUUGCUAUCAUUUUUGGCGUUGGUGCUCAUUAUAAAAAUCAUCAAAAUCAAAUUGUUCUGGCUGUUGCCGUUGGUGAUUGGUGUCGGCGCUGCCAAGAAGUUGCUGCUCAAAUUCCUGCUCUUCCUCUUCCCCGCGCUGUCGCACCUCUUCAAGUUGUGUUCCUACUAUCAACAGACAUAUCACUCGACCAAAUAUCAUCACCACCAUCAUCUAAUCGACCACCAUCACACGGUCGUUCCCGCUUGGCAUGCGACCGAACAUCAUUCAGUGCCGGAAAUUAUUUACACUCAUCCUCCAAAGGGACAUCCAUCUACAUAUUUGCACGGCGCGCCAAUUCACGAAACAUACGGCCCGUACUCAUUAGAACAUAAUGAGGGUAAUUGGGAGAAUUCUGGUCCGGGAUUGGGUUCAGAUUAUAUUGGCGAUAUAAAUCGAUCGGCACAAGUUGAUGAAAAUUCUAAUUAUUUUAAACCAAAUGCCAACAAGGAUGCCAAUGAGAUACUUGUUUGGGGUUUGGGCACUACACAGCCAACUAUUUCUCAAAAGCAACAACAACAACAUCAACAACAAAGGUAUCGACCGGUAACACAGCAACAACCACCUACACAACAACAACGACCACCAUCACUUGUACAGCAACAAAAAAUGCAAUUACAACAGCAACAACAGCUCGUACAACAAAAACUGAAAACACAACAGAAACAACAACAAACACAUAAUCUACAGAAACCACACGCCACUAGUCAUAGUUUCAAUCCAUUUUUGAAUGGUGAAAAUAAUUUGAAACAAAGCUUAUUUACCACGAAAUUAAAAACUCCAGCACAAGCACAAUCCGCGCCAAAUCCAGUUUAUGCGCCCCCACCACCGCGGCCAUCACAUCCGCAGCAGCCAUCGGCUGAGGCAUUAACCGCAGCCGCACAUAUCGCGGCUCAAUACGAUCCGGCACGCAAUAGUCUCGCACAACAACAACAAAAACAAGACCAACUUAAACAGCUACAGUUACAGCAAUUACUAAAACAACAGCAACAGCAACAAUUAUCGCCCGAAAUAGCAGCACAAAUAAAAGAAGCCCUACGCAUUCAGGCGGAACAGCGUAUAAUCUCUCAACAACAACAAAUACUCGACAAGCAACCAUUUGUACAGGACGGACAGCCAAUCAUGCCAAAGAACUAUGACCCAUUCUACAGUCCAAUUCUUCUGAAAAUUGAUAAAAUCAUUGAACAACUCGGAGUUACUGAUGAUCUCUGCAAGGAGCGACUCAUCUGCAGCAUGUAUAAGGAUCCAACACGGUAUAGUCCGCAUAGUAAUUUCGUAUCUGCGGAACUGAGUCGCGAUACAAGUGAACUGCAACCCGUGUCGAAUCCGAACGGUGCCGUUGUGCGAUUCUACCGUUUCAUACAGGCCGCCCGUGAUGGACAGGAUCAAAGAGAUUGCCUACGCCUGUAUCCGCAAUGCAACAUUAAUACGGAAUGAGUUGCGCCGUUUUGGCGGCGAAGCGGAAAUGUGAAUGACACAAAAUCGAUUGUGCGAGUGCCGAAGUGAAAGCUCCAAACCUACUGCUCAACAAGCCCGUUGGGCCCAACGCAUUACAAUUUGCAGCAUUUAGGCGCAAAAAUGCCAAAACAAUAAAUUGACUAAUGCUGCCCGCAGCUAAAUUCUUAGGCACACCGUAUAACUAACCUACAAAAACAACAUGUACAACAAAUUAUCCCGCAGCAUUGAGCAGUCGAUAAAUUUUCAAUUUCAUACUCCCUUGUUUUCUACUCUCGCCUUCACUUUUGUAAAUAGGAUUAGUACAUACAUAAGUCGAUUUAUUUAUUUGAUCAUUUAAUUAUUUUAUAUGUAGCUUGAUUACUAGUAUAUUUUAAGAUCUAACCGUUACUUGCUUUAACGUUGCUUCUUGUUCGAUAUUUAU